UUUGCCUUCAUUCUGCUCUAGACGGGGGGCGUGUACACGAGAUUGUCUUUUGUCGGAUUAUUAUUAUUUCAGUCGUUUAACCUUAAUUAAGAAAGACGAUAUGUAGCCUAACAUAUCUAAUUGCCAGUUCGUUUCAAAUCCGAUUUGACGCAGCCAAACAACGUCUGGAGAAACGCAUCGCCACAAAGAGUCUACAGAGCACCAAUCUGACACCCCUCUCCUGAGAUAAACCAGACAGCAUGGGAUAUUUGAAAUUGAUCGAGAUUGAAAAUUUCAAAUCUUACAAAGGACGUCAAAUAAUCGGACCGUUUCACAAAUUUACAGCAAUAAUCGGACCAAAUGGAUCUGGGAAGUCAAACCUUAUGGAUGCCAUCAGUUUUGUAUUAGCGGAGAAGACCAGUAACCUGCGUGUUAAAACCCUGAAGGAUCUCAUCCAUGGAGCGCCAGUGGGAAAACCAGCAGCUAACCGUGCCUUUGUGAGCAUGGUGUACUGCGAGGACAAUGGAGACGAAUGUACCUUCACGCGGGUCAUCAUUGGUUCCUCCUCAGAGUACCGAAUCAACAAUAAGGUGGUCGGGCUUUCAGACUACAGUGAGGAGCUAGAAAAAUUGGGAAUCCUUAUUAAGGCCAGAAAUUUUCUUGUGUUCCAGGGUGCAGUGGAGUCCAUAGCCAUGAAGAAUCCUAAAGAGAGGACCACUUUGUUUGAGGAGAUCUCCCGCUCUGGAGAGCUGGCCCAAGAGUAUGACCGCAGAAAGAAAGAGAUGGUGAAAGCAGAAGAAGACACACAGUUCAACUAUCACCGUAAGAAGAACAUCGCUGCAGAGCGCAAAGAAGCCAAACAGGAAAAAGAAGAGGCGGAGAGGUACCAGAGGCUAAAGGAUGAGGUGGUCAGGGCUCAUGUUCAGCUCCAGCUCUUUAAACUCUACCAUAAUGAGGCGGAGAUCGAGAAGCUGAACCGAGAGUUGUCUCAACGCAACCGUGAGAUUGAGAAGGACAGGAAGAAGAUGGAUCAUGUAGAGGAAGAGCUCAAGGAAAAGAAGAAAGAGCUGGGAAGAAUGAUGAGGGAUCAGCAGAAUGUGGAGAAAGAGAUAAAAGAGAAAGAUGCUGAGUUGAAUCAGAAACGGCCACAGUAUAUCAAGGCCAAGGAGAACACCGCCCAUAAAAUUAAGAAGCUGGAGGUGGCUCGAAAAUCCUUGCAGAACGCCCAGAAGAUGUACAAGAAGCGCAAGGCUGACAUAGAGGAACUGGACCGUGAGCAGGGUGCCGUGGAGAUGGCGAGGCAGGAGUUUGAGGAACGGAUGGAAGAGGAGGCCCAGAGUCAAGGCCAAGAUUUGACACUGGAGGAGAACCAGGUGAAGCAGUAUCACAGGCUAAAGGAGGAGGCUAGUAAGCGGGCAGCCACCUUGGCUCAAGAGCUAGAGAAGUUUAAUAGGGACCAAAAGGCUGACCAGGAUAGACUGGAUCUGGAGGAGAGGAAGAAAAUUGAGACAGAGGCCAAAAUAAAGCAGAAGAUUCGUGAGAUCGAGGAAAACCAAAAACGCAUUGAAAAGCUGGAGGACUAUAUUGCAACCAGCAGACAGUCUCUGGAUGAACAGAGGCGUAUGGAAGAAGAACUGACUGAAGAAGUGGAGCUGGCCAAAAGAAGGAUUGAUGAGAUAAACAUGGAGUUAAACCAAGUGAUGGAGCAACUUGGAGAUGCUCGCAUCGACAGGCAGGAGAACAGCCGUCAGCAGCGCAAAGCUGAAAUUAUGGAGAGCAUUAAAAGGCUUUACCCUGGCUCAGUGUAUGGCAGACUGAUCGACUUAUGCCAGCCCACCCAGAAGAAAUACCAGAUUGCUGUGACCAAAGUGCUGGGAAAAAACAUGGACGCCAUUAUUGUGGACUCUGAGAAAACCGGCAGAGAUUGCAUCCAGUACAUUAAAGAGCAAAGAGGAGAACCAGAGACCUUUCUGCCUCUUGACUAUUUGGAGGUAAAACCUACAGAUGAGAAACUGAGAGAGCUUAGGGGGGCAAAACUAGUGAUCGAUGUGAUCCGCUAUGAGCCGCCACACAUAAAGAAAGCCCUUCAGUAUGCCUGCGGCAAUGCUUUAGUGUGUGAGAAUGUGGAGGACGCUCGCAGGAUCGCCUUUGGAGGACCAUACCGUCAUAAGACCGUGGCCUUGGAUGGAACUCUCUUCCAAAAGUCAGGUGUGAUCUCUGGAGGAGCAAGUGACCUGAAAGCAAAGGCUCGGCGUUGGGACGAGAAAGCUGUGGACAAACUUAAGGAAAAGAAAGAGAAACUAACAGAGGAAUUAAAGGAACAAAUGAAGGCAAAGAGAAAGGAGGCAGAGCUCAGGCAGGUCCAGUCUCAGGCUCACGGGCUGCAGAUGAGACUGAAAUACUCUCAGAGUGAUCUGGAACAGACCAAAACCCGCCACCUCUCCCUGAACAUGCAGGAGAAAUCGAAGUUGGAGAGUGAGCUGGCAAAUUUCGGGCCACGAAUCAAUGACAUCAAACGAAUCAUCCAAUCACGGGAGAGGGAUAUUACAGAGUUAAGAGACCGUAUGAACCUGGUGGAGGAUGAGGUCUUUGUUGAAUUCUGCCAGGAGAUUGGUGUGCGAAACAUCCGAGAGUUUGAAGAGGAAAAAGUGAAGAGACAAAAUGAGAUUGCCAAAAAACGGCUGGAAUUUGAGACACAGAAGACCCGUCUGGCCAUUCAGCUUGAUUAUGAGAAGAACCAGUUGAAGGAGGACCAGGAGAAAGUGAUGAUGUGGGAGCAGACUGUAAAGAAGGAUGAGAAUGAGAUUGAAAGACUUAAAAAGGAGGAACACAGGCACAUGAAGAUCAUUGAUGAGACAAUGGCACAGCUACAGGACCUGAAGAACCAGCAUCUCACUAAGAAGGGAGAGGUAAAUGACAAGAACCGAGAGAUGGAGGAGAUCCGCAAGAAACUAGGGUCUGCCAACAAAGAGCUGACCCAGCUGCAGAAGGAAGUAACCGCCAUUGAGACCAAACUGGAACAGAAACGCAGUGACAGACACAACUUAUUGCAAGCCUGCAAGAUGCAGGACAUCAAACUGCCACUCAAAUCAGGGACAAUGGAUGACAUCAGCCAGGGAGAGGGAAGCUCUCAAGUUGAGGAUUCGAUCAGCAGCCCGAAGGCAUCAAGCUCUGUGCAUGCCAAAGAGGCCCUCAUAGAGAUCGACUACAGCAACUUGAAUGAGGACCUCAAGGAUGCUCUGUCAGAAGAAGAGAUCAAGGCAGAGAUGAACACCCUACAGCAGAGGCUGAACGAGCAGCAGAGCAUCCUGCAGAGAAUCAGCGCUCCCAACAUGAAGGCCAUGGAGAAACUUGAGAGUGUUAGAGACAAGUUCCAGGAGACCAGUGAUGAGUUUGAAGCUGCUCGGAAAAGAGCAAAGAAAGCCAAACAGGCAUUUGAGCAGAUCAAGAAGGAGCGGUUUGACCGGUUCAAUGCUUGUUUCGAGUCUGUGGCCACCAACAUUGAUGAGAUCUACAAAGCACUGUCACGUAACAGUAGUGCACAGGCAUUCUUGGGGCCAGAGAACCCAGAAGAACCAUAUUUAGAUGGAAUCAACUACAACUGUGUGGCUCCAGGAAAGAGAUUCAGGCCCAUGGACAACCUGUCUGGAGGAGAGAAGACUGUGGCAGCUUUAGCUCUUCUUUUUGCCAUUCACAGCUACAAGCCUGCACCUUUCUUUGUCCUGGAUGAGAUUGAUGCAGCUUUGGAUAACACGAACAUUGGCAAGGUGGCCAAUUACAUAAAGGACCAGUCAGUCCAGAAUUUCCAGGCUAUAGUUAUCUCUCUGAAAGAGGAGUUCUACACAAAAGCUGAUUCCCUCAUAGGAGUUUACCCUGAGCAAGGAGAUUGUGUCAUCAGUAAGGUGCUGACCUUUGAUCUUUCCCAGUAUCCAGAUGCCAAUCCCAAUCCUAAUGAUUAGGUUGAGUUGAUUAUAUUAUAAUCAUUGAUGUUUACAUAGAUGCUUUUAUUAUUUAUUUAAAUACAAAAUGUUGCUAUAUUGUCUGCUGUACUGUAGUGUAUACAGUGUGCAUGAUUGUGUAAGUAUUAAUAUUCUGUGUUCUGUGAAUAUUAGAUACAAAUGAACAGCUUUUUAUGUUGAGUCAACUGGACUGUCUAGUUCUGUGAUUUUACAUAUGGUUAAUGUCUUGUUUGCACUGAGUCAACAGAACAUUUUAGCUGCCAACUGUAGAGUGUGCCUUGUGGACUAUAUGUUCAUUCAGUACCAUGAUUAAUAACAAGUAUUUAUUUUAUUUUUUUUCUUUGUGGUAAAAUGUGCUAUGUAAAAUGUAUUCAAAUUUAAGAUAAGAACUUGUGUAAUGUGCUCAUGGCACUUUCCACAAAUAUCGAAUCAUUUGCUCUUUUAUGACAUCUGUGCAGGAUAUAAACAUACCCCCCCCCCCCCCCCACACACACACAAUAAUUCACCAAAAUUGCUCAAACUAAAACUUAGUUUGGUUUUCUGAGCUUGAUCAUUUUCCAAACAUCAUCUCCAUUCCUCCAUAGAAUCUCAUUUCAUCCACGUUAAAAAUAAUCAUGCUUUUGAAAAUGAAAAGUUAUGACAUCAAAAUGUAACUGUUUAAUUAGAAUGAUGACAUAAUUUCAUCUUUUAAUUUAAUAAUUAUUUAUUAGUAUGUCAUAAUUUUGAUAGAUAAUCUCAUAAUGUAGUUUUUAUGUCAUAAAAAAUUACAUUAACAUGAAAAAACAUCUGUUGAAAAGUAAAAGUAAAUCAGCUCGAAGCUUCUAUUUUGAAUGGUUUCAGGGCCCGUUUGGUACCCUCUUAAUGGAAAGUGCCACAGCUGUCAUUCUGAAUGUUGUAUGGAACAAAAAAUAAAUCCAAUUAAAUGACAAAUUGGAAUUGUGGUAAUAUAUAAACAAACCAGAUCACACCUGACGAACCACUCACUCAGAUCCAUAAAGUUAACAUUGGACCUGUUUUCACGUGGGCUCGUCCUCGCCGGCACAAAACCAACCAUGCUAGCACAUACAUACCCCGCCCGUUCUGGCAUCCUGGUGCACGUUUAUGACGUCGGCCUGCUCCCAUUGGUCGCCUCUUAUUUCUUGGGUUCGGUUGCGGUGCAGAGAACGCCCAACGUGUCAAUCGGCGCUGAGCGCUCAAGAUCUCCAGUAACAAUCGCAGAGUCAGUGGACCGGUUUGAUCAGACUAUCACAACCUACCACCGCUUACAUUUAAACCCCCCGGCAAUGGACAUCAUCAAAGACGGGUGGUUCACCGAAACAUGCACUUUAUGGCCUGGUCAAGCGAUGAGUCUUCAAGUGGAGGAAGAGUUGUAUCAUAAAAAAUCUAAAUUCCAGGAUGUAAUGGUCUUUAAAAGUAAAACAUAUGGAAAUGUGUUGGUUUUGGAUGGAGUCAUCCAAUGCACAGAACGAGAUGAAUUUUCUUAUCAAGAAAUGAUAGCCAAUCUACCUCUCUGCUGCCAUCCUUGCCCAAAGAAGGUUCUCAUCAUUGGUGGAGGAGACGGUGGUGUCCUGAGGGAGGUUGUCAAGCAUCCACUGGUGGAGUCUGUUGUUCAGUGUGAAAUUGAUGAGGAUGUAAUAAAUGUCUCCAAGAAAUACCUCCCUGGAAUGGCAAAAGGCUUCUUCAGCCCCAAACUUACUCUGCAUGUAGGUGAUGGCUUUGAAUUUAUGAAAAGGAAUCAGGAUGCUUUUGACGUCAUUAUCACAGACUCCUCAGACCCUGUUGGUCCGGCUGAAAGCUUGUUCAAAGAGUCUUACUAUCAACUCAUGAAAACGGCACUUUGUGAGGGAGGAAUUCUCUGUUGUCAAGGAGAGUGUCAGUGGUUGCAUUUGGAUCUAAUCAAGGAAAUGCGAACCUUCUGUAAGACCCUCUUUCCUGUAGUAGACUAUGCAUACUGCACCAUUCCAACAUAUCCAAGUGGACAAAUUGGCUUCAUGCUUUGCAGUAAAAAUCCG